AUGGGAUCGUCAAAACGACACCAGCGGAGCGCGAGAGCGCCGCAGCAGAUGCGAUCGCGCACAACGAGGUCCAAGGGAAAGCUGCUAUCGGACCCCGUGCAGAACACGCAGGACCUGCACCAGCAGCUGCGUGCGAUGGGCCUCUACGCCGCCAACACCCUCGGCGACGGCAACUGUCUCUUCCGCGCGCUCUCCGAUCAGCUCUACGGGACUGAGUCCUAUCAUCUUCAACUGCGCCAGCAGGUCUGCAAUUGGAUCGAGGCACACAAGGACCGGUACGCCCCUUUUUGCGAUGACGAACGAGGCUUGGAUACACAUCUUCGCUGUAUGCGCCAACCUGCUACUUACGGCGGGCACAUGGAGUUGUCUGCCUUUGCGCACAUGACGAAGCGGGACGUGAAAGUCGUCCAGCCUGGCUUAGUCUAUGUCAUCGAGUGGGCUGCCGGCGGGGACUUUGAUGAACCAGCUCAGCCGUCGUCGGGUCCGUCAUCAGAGCCCGACACUUCAGUUGAUGAUCCCGCUCUCGACGCUCGGGAGCGACGACGGUUACUACGGGAGAAGAAGCGCGAGGCGAAGGAGAGGAAGCAGAAGGAGAAAGAAAUCCAGCAGCAGGUGAUCGAAGACACAAACGACGAGGAUGAGGAUUCCCAUGCAACGGUAUACGUAGCGUACUACGACUGGGAGCACUUCUCGUCUAUCCGUAACAUCCGCGGUCCUCACACAGGCCCUCCGCGCGUGCGAGAAGAACCACCUCCCGAUGCUGACGAACCUGAUGCACUGCCUCCUACACCGUCCAAGAAGAAGCCCCCAUCAAAGGUCCGGUCGCGCGCUUCAGUAUCAGCCACGUCGCCGACCAAGCCCAAGCCCGCGCCUCCUUCGCAGCCCCAAUCCCUCUCCGCCAUCCCCGCCCACCUCCAAUCCGAAACCCCCACCUCCGUACCCUCGACGCCCUCGCAAAUCCCCCUCCCGCCCUCGCGCUCCCCCUCGCCCAUCCUCUCCUCCGUCCCGCCCUCGAGCCAGGCGAGUAUCGCCUCCGACACCUACCGCCGCUCGCCGAAGCGCUCCUUCGACGCGUCCUCGGGCUCCUCGCAGUCGUCCGAGAAGCGCGUGCGGCGCCUCGUGGACCCGGACCCCGACGACGAGGACACGCCCGCGCUCUCCGCGAGCGGGUUCACGACCGAGUCGUCCGCGUCGUCGCCCGAGCCGCCGCCGGCGCCCGUGCCCGUGCCCGUGUUGACCAGGCGCGAGCGCAAGAAGCUCGGGCUGCCGAAGCCUCGCCCUGGGAUGACCACGCGCAGCGCGGGGAAGAUUGUCAUCCCCGGGGGGCGCUACCGGACGAAGCCGGGGAGCACGACGACGGGGCCGAAGCUCGCUGCCGAUGGAGCGGACGAGGGCGGCGAGUGGAAGAAGAACGGGACGGGGCGCGUGGAUGUAAGGGGCUUCAGGGAGCUCAAGAUCUAGUGUGGUUGUUGGUUGGUUUGGUUGGUUGGCUCCCUCGUCAUGACGCGACGCACUCUUCAUCGGCACACAUUCACCACGGACUGACUGGCAUACACACAUCUCUUCUAUACAUACAGCUGCAGCAAGGUUACGUAUAUCUCUUUCUCUCUCCAGGUCUGGUCCUUGCAUCCAUCCAUCCAUCCAUCUACUCCUGUAUACGUAUCGCAUAACAUCUCCAUACCCCGUCGGCAUUUGUAUAUUCCCUAGUUACUACAUACAUACAUCACUGGACGCUCGCAAUCGCAUUCGUCGUCGCUAGUGCCGUUGUCGUGCUUUUUGUUGGUUGCGUUUGUAUCAGUAGUCGGUUCAACUAGUAUUUGCUCUCAAGGAGCGUAUGUCUCGUUCAUGACAAGUUAUGUUUC